CGCCGCCCCCCGGCAUCUCGAGGGUCCCACAGGGGUCCAGUCGGUGGUCGGGACGGACCCCUUCCCGGACAUGGCGGGGUUUGGCCGAGGACGGCGGAGAAUUUGGGGGAGUUUGCGGCGCGCCGGGCAGGUGACGUCAGCAGGGGGGGCGGGUCCGCCGGAGUAUAAAUAAGGCUGGCGCUUCUGGGGUUCAUUCAUAAGACUGAGCGCCACGGCCGCGGCGGGGACACGCGGGACGGACACCUCGGACGGGCUGCUUGCAGAGGGACGGGCGCCGGCGAGAUUGGCCUGAGUUUUGGGUUUUUGUUGUUUUUUGCUUUGUUGUUGUGAUUGUUGUUCUCGCGGAGAAAGUUUGGCGAAGGAUUCUUGUCUACAUUUCUUCCUCGUUCUUUCGGAGCACCGACUGACUUUCUUCAGACAUUCCACGCCCCGCGUGGACCUUCCACCGCCUGGACGCUCAGACUCUUCCCCAGCCGGGGGCGGGGGACAGCAACCUUCCGGCGCCUCUGUACCUGCACCCCGGAGGGGGCACCUCGCGUCCCCCCGCCGCCCUGAGCAGGAUCGCCCGGCCACUCUGCUUGGCUCGUCGCCCCGGACGGACCGAUCGGCGGACGGGCGCGGCGCCCCCCGUGCCCCCUUCUGCGCCCCCGGACUCGCAGCGAGCUAGCCCCCCACCCGGCCAGAGCCUUGGCUUCCCGGCGACCUCAGCGUGGUCACAGGGGCCCCCCCUGUGCCCAGGGAAAUGUUUCAAGCUUUCCCCGGAGACUACGACUCCGGCUCCCGCUGCAGCUCCUCGCCCUCUGCCGAGUCCCAGUACCUGUCUUCGGUGGACUCCUUCGGCAGCCCGUCCACCGCCGCCGCCUCCCAGGAGUGCGCCGGCCUCGGGGACAUGCCCGGUUCGUUCGUGCCCACGGUCACAGCCAUCACCACCAGCCAGGACCUCCAGUGGCUCGUCCAGCCCACCCUCAUCUCAUCCAUGGCCCAGUCUCAGGGCCAGCCCCUGGCCUCGCAGCCCCCAGCCGUCGACCCCUACGACAUGCCAGGCACCAGCUACUCCACGCCGGGUCUGAGUGGCUACAGCAGCGGUGGAACCAGUGGUGGUGGUGGUCCUUCGACCAGCGGGACCAGUGGUCCCGGGCCUACUCGGCCAGCCCGAGCUCGGCCCAGGAGACCCCGGGAAGAGACGCUCACUCCCGAGGAAGAGGAGAAACGAAGGGUUCGCAGGGAGCGGAACAAGCUGGCGGCUGCCAAGUGCCGGAACCGUCGGAGGGAGCUGACUGACCGGCUGCAAGCGGAGACGGAUCAGCUGGAGGAAGAAAAGGCAGAACUGGAGUCAGAGAUCGCCGAGCUCCAAAAGGAGAAAGAGCGCCUGGAGUUUGUGCUGGUGGCCCACAAACCGGGCUGCAAGAUCCCCUUCGAUGAGGGGCCUGGGCCGGGCCCGCUGGCGGAGGUGAGAGACGGGCCGGGGCCAGCGCCCGCUAAGGAAGAUGGUUACAGCUGGCUGCUGCCGCCCCCGCCACCACCGCCCCUGCCCUUCGAGACCGGCCAGGACGCGCCCCCCAACCUGACGGCUUCUCUCUUUACACACAGUGAAGUUCACGUCCUGGGCGACCCCUUCCCCGUUGUCCCCCCUUCGUACACUUCCUCGUUUGUUCUCACCUGCCCGGAGGUCUCCGCGUUCGCCGGCGCCCAACGCCCCAGCGGCAGCGACCAGCCUUGCGACCCCCUCGGCUCACCCUCCCUGCUCGCUCUGUGAACUCUUUAGACACAAAGCAAACCCGCCAGGCAGAGGGACUUGGAAGAAGACAGAAAGAGUUGGGGGGGGUAAGAGGAAAUGUGCUGGGGGCAUGGCCAGCUGGACCCUUGGCCGCAGUCGCCCACCCUGGAGGACCGCCUGUUGACUGUGCUGCCUCUGAUGGCUGCACGUACCCGCACACAGGACUUGAUCUGAGAGCCGGUGACUCUGGGGACAGGGACUGGGGAGGGUGUGGAUGGUUUGAGGGGCGCCUUGUGUGGCCCCCUAUCGCUGGUUCCCACCAAUCGUUAUGGCUGGGUGAGCAGGUGGUGGGGUUGUGGGAGGUGGGGCACACAGCCUGUAUGAGGCUGCGGGUUGGCUUGUGUGUGCUGUGCAGUGGGCAGUGGGGUAGGUGGGCUAGGGGCCUCUCCAGAGCUAUUCAACAGGGCCUUGACCCACCCCCACCUCCCCCCUCCUUUUCCCAGCCUCCCCACUCCUACCCUUCUUGGAAGCAACCAAACCGGUUUGGCCUAGCGCCCCCUCCCCUCCUCUCCCAGACCCCAGCUUUAUUUAUCCCACAUUUCCAGGGGCAGGGGUUUUGAUCCUCUUAGGCGGCCCCUGAUCCCCCGCAAGGGGGACACUCCUGAGGCUCUGCCCCCCUCCCCAGACUUAGUUUAAAAUGUGAACUGCCUUCCCGGCUGCCCCGUCCCCAUCCUUUUCUCCCAGAACAACACCCAGCUUGUCUGGGACCGGGCUGUGCGGGUACCCCACCCCAGGACCCCCCGCACCCCCCCGCCACCCACACCGCCUUGUUGGGCGUUUGGUAACAGCAGCAGAGGCGCCGCGGGUGAGCCUGGCCUCGAUACUGUGAA